AUCUAGAAAUUCGAAAAUGAAGUUAAACUUAUUUGAACAAUAGCACUUAGCUUUCGAUCCAAAUUUCAGUUUCUAUUAGAUUUUUGCUUAGUCAGCUUGUAACAAACCUAAAUUUAAUAACAAUUUCAUAGUCCCAGUAAGGAAGGUGUAAUUAGACUGCGUUUUUUUUAAUUUUAAGGGACUUACUAUCUGUAAAUAUGGAUCCGGGAAUCCUUUGUUUCCACCAUUGUGACCACAAAGUCUUUUGUACUAUUAUUCCUGAUAAAUGCCCGGUUUGCCAUCAGAAUCUAGAUAGAUACGACUACAACCUGUUGCCGUUUAGAGUACCCUAUCCUUUCGUGAAAGCGUCUCAGCACCCUCGAGCAAUAGUUAUGAAACCAACUCACGGGGACUUCCUUAAUGACUAUUAUAAUUCUAAGGAUUUGCAUAUCGGAGUGACUAACUCUCAGGGCUGUGUUAUAGAAUUUGGUGUUGAAGGUAUCCAAGGUGUAGAUCCUUUGACAAAAAAGUGGAGUCAGUGUGACUCAAGCUCUGAUUGGGACCAGUGCCUCUUAUUAGAACAGUUUGAUGAACUAUGGAAUGAAAUUUGGGAUGGCAUUCUCAUAAAGGUGAGUUCAAGUCCCCUGUGGGAUGCAGAGAGAUACAAUGAAGAACGUCACAACUGCUUUACUUUUGUAUUAGCAUUUUUGAGAGCUCUAGAUUGUGGAGAACUUUCUGAAAAAGCUCAGGACCCAAAGCUGUUUUGUAAACAGUAUGUGGUUCCACGAACUUCUGCUGCUGGGAAAUACAUAUCUCUGUAUAGGCAACUUAAGAGGCAAAGCUUCUUUAUACAGAACCAAUGAUAGCUUAAAAUUUAAUAUUUUGUGUAUUUAAUAUUUAUUUUCAGUAUUACCUGUGAUUGAAUUUAGAUUUAAGGGCCGAGAAUUACCAUGCAUUUAAGUUAGACCAAAAUGUAUCUGAAAAUGUAUUUAUUAAUUUAGUAUGAGGUAAUAUGUUUAACUGUAAAACAUAAUGCAAUGAUUUAAUGGUCUAAAAAGGCUGUGUUAGUUGAUUGUAAUAAUAAUGAUUUCACAAAAUUUGGUUCAUGUAUAUAUAAUUUGUGAUUAUCUUUAAUUCCAUCCUUGAAAAAGUAGUAUACUUUUAAUAAUUAUCUUAAGCAUCACAUUCUUAAAUGUAAAUUUAAUGUUAAUGUCAGAUUUAGGAUAAUUUUAGGAUUCUUACAUGCUGCCACUAAAGCCACAAUAAUUAUCAGAUUUUUCUACUAUUUAUAAUCACAUUCAUGUUUAUAAGUUACACUGUAAUUGUUUACUUAUUAGUCAAUUUGAAUUUUUUAUACCUAUACAGUAUAAUAAAUAAUAAUAGCAUAGGAAUUUUCAUCAGUCUUUGAAGACAUCAUUUUUCUUUAGAAUUCUGUGAUUUCAUGUUUACAUAGUUUUAAAUUAUUUUGAAUUAAAUUCAUUAUGACUGAUUUGGUUUGGGUUGAAUAAUGUUUAAUAGUUUUGAUCUUCCAUAGUAAUUGUAUCUAUUUACCACUUUUCAUAUAAUUUAUUACAAUUGUCUAAUCAUCUAUUAACUCUAGUAUAGAAUAUGUGUACACAUUAUACUUCCAUACAAAUUUUGAUAAACAAUUUUGUAGAAAUAUGUAAUUUUUUGAAAGCUUGUAUUGAUGUAGACAUUGUAGUUUUAGAUACUAAAAUAGGAUAAAUUUUUACACUGACUUUGCAGGCAAUUAAAGUUAAAAAUCUUGAAUAUGUAAAUGAGAAUUUAAAUAUUGAGGAUAAUUCAAAGUAUAGCUAUUUAAUAAUGUCACUAACACACUGUAAUCAAUAGACAUUAAGAAAUUCAAUUCUCACAUUUUAAAUUAACUUAGUUUUGCUUUGAAUUACCCUCUCUAAUGCAGCAUUAAAUUUUGUAACAAUGGACAAAGGUUCCAAUGACCCUCAAUGUUAGUCAUACAGCCAAUUGAAAUCUCGUCCGAGUAUUGUCUUCAUGUCCCGAAUAAGACCUAUUAAGCUUGAUAAGGGUAAUUAUUAAUAAUUAUUUUCCUUUUCUGAAGACACUCGUAACAGUUGAGGAUUAUUUGCUCAAAGUCACGAAUUCUUGCCCAAACCACUCGACUAUUAAUUACGAGAUGUUUCUAAAAGAAAUACCGAGUCUCAGAUUUCUAGGUGCUAUGAUAAAAUAAAGUGUUCGUUAAUU